AUGAAGUUCCAUGCUGCCUCGCUGGUGGCCCUGAUGGGGGUCAUCACGGCCACCCUGGCCUCGCCGGUCAAGGUUGCCCGCAUGCCCUCGGUGGACAAUGUUGAGCUUGUUCGUCGCGGUGGCGGCGAUGACGAUUGGGAUUGGGAUGGAGGACACGGGGAUCAUGGGGAUCAUGGGGAUCAUGGAGACCAUGGAGACCAUGACGGAGACUACUCCUCCGCCGGUUACUACAACUACCCCAUGCGAGACCACCACGACUACUCCUCCGCCGACUACUACAACCACUCCAUCACGACUACCCCGUGCGAGACGACCCCAACCACUACUACGACUACGACUACUACUACUCCAUGUGAGACGACUCCAACUCCUACUACAACCACCACGACGCCCUGUGAGACCACUACAACGCCGACUACAACGACCACUCCCUGCGAGACGACCACCACAACUGUUUCUCCAACUAAACCAACUACGACUACUCCAACCCCAACUACAACGACCACUCCCUGCGAAACCACCACCACGCCAACUACAACUACCACUCCUUGUGAGACCACUCCAACGACUACAACUACGACCACUCCAUGCGAGACAACCACUACCACCACUUCUGCUUCUCUGACCAAGCCAACCACAACCACUCCUUGCGAGACAACUCCCACGACUACCACCAGCAAGACGACCACCACCACCACUCCCUGUGAAACGACGACUACGACCGCUCCUUCUCCGACGAAGCCAACUACUACCACUCCUUCUCCGACGAAGCCUACUACGACCACUCCUUGCGAGACCACCCCAACCCCAACUACUACUACCACCACCACCCCCUGUGAGACAACCACAACGGUCCCUCCCCCGACUACCGCAACCACCACUACUCCCUGUGAGACGACCACAACGGUCCCUCCUCCGACUACCGCAACCACGACCAAGACGACCUUGACGACCAUGACGAUCCCUACCACUACCCCUACCACCACCAGCAAGCCCCAUACUACGACCACGGUGCCGCCCUCGCCGCCCACCUCCGUCCCGACCACCAGCACGACCGUGCCCAAUCCCCCGGUGGAGACCCAUACGUCCACCGGAGUGCAGCCGGUUCCCACAAGCCCCGCGCCCUCUCAGAGCCACACGACUACCGUGCCCCCUGCGCCGAUCUUCACUGGUGCUGCCAGCGUGCAGAGCUUGGACUCGAGCUUGGCUGCUUUGAUGGCUCUCGGAGUUGCUGCGAUUGUGUUCUAG